AUGGAGGAGUACCGCGAGGCGCGCGGUCUCUGCGCCUACCUGCGCGUCCAUCCGCCCGUCCGCGCGUCCGCGCAGAGGAAGAAGUGGGAGCAGGAAAAGCAGGCAAAGGACGCUGAGGUUCAGGAGGCUGGCGCCAGCGCCAAUGCCAGCGCCGCCGCCCCGGGCGCGGCCUCUGCCGCGAGCGGCGGCGCCGCGAGCAGCUCCUCGGGCGGCGCGGCCGCCUCCUCCAGCGGCGCAGCCGGCAGCGGGGCGCCCGCGGCCUCCUCCAGCAGCGGCUCGGCGCCCGCGGCGCCCGUGUCCUCGGCGGUGGCCUGCGCCCUGGCGGCGGGGCCGAUGCCGUGCGCCCGGCGCGUCCACAUCCUGCCUGUGGAGAGGAGCCCGGACGCGAACGACCAGAGGCGGCUGGAGCUGCUCGCGCCCAAGCUGCGGGAGCUGCGAAAUAGCAAGGCCCCCAUCCAGACGGGGCUGCUCAUCACCUCGUCUGGGCACGACUUCGUCGUGGUGAAGAGCGAUCCGGAUGUGAGCGUGUUGGGAAUGGAGACCGACUACUUUGUUGAGGGCGACCCUGUACGAACGUUCGAGAAGGUGCAGUUCAUCUGCCUCUGGGACUUCCAGUCGGCCAACGUCGGCUCGGACCCUUCGGUCUUGUUCAACGACUACAUUAGCCCUCAUUUCAAGGAGCUCGCGGACGGCGACGAGGCGCUUGGGAACAUCGUCGCCAUCGGUGACACGAUGAAGAUAAAGGACAUGGAGUUCCAG